CUGAAAGGAGGCUGAAGACGUGAGGCUUGUGAGAAUAUCUCUGGUAACGUUUCACAGCGCGGAACAUUUACUCCGUGAGGACUAGUUAUGGCUAAACUGUGGAAUCCACGGAGGGGACAUGGCCCCUGAGAGCCGGAGAGCUUCAGGCAUCAGCUGAGAAACCAGACGAGUUCCCAGAGUCCAGUGUGAAUGAGAGCAACAUGAGGCUCCCCAAAUGCUGGCUAACGAACAGGCAUGUGUUUUUGCUCUGUCUGGUUUUAGGUUUGCUGUCUUUGGUCAUCGUCUCUCUACCACCGACUGAGACAACAAAACCUCUGCCCUUGCACAUCAACCCAGCACAUAAAAAGCGAGUGCACGAGCACGUGCGCAGAGUUCUGGAGGGUCAGUGUCGUCCCGGCAAAACCAGGCAGAGCUUGCUAGCUCGACUUCCUGCCUCCAGUGAUGUGACCCAGCCCUUCCUGUGGAAAGACGUUCCGCUCAACAAUGACCUCUUCCUGUAUCCACCGCCAUUUGGAUUCAGAGGUCUUCAGAGCAAGGUAGAGGACCUGCUCAAGAAGCUGCCAAACUCUGACUCUACACGCCAGCCGGGAAGCACAUCAGAUAAAUGUCGACGCUGUGUGGUCGUGGGAAAUGGCGGCAUUCUCAGAGGCCUAGAGCUGGGCCCACUGAUCAACCGUUUUGACACUGUUAUCAGGUUGAACAGCGGCCCUCUGGGAGAGUUCAGUGCUGACGUUGGAAACCGAACCAGCAUCAGGAUGAGUUACCCAGAGGGUACACCGCUCCACUGGAUUGACAGAGACCCACACUCUCUGUUUGUAGCAGUGGUGUAUAAAAGUGUAGACAUCAGCUGGACCUCUGCUAUGAUCAGCAAGCUCACUGUGCCUCUGUGGGACUGGUUUUUCUUCUGGCAGAGGGUUCCAGAUCAGCUCCCUCUUGAACCCCACAGGUUCAGACUUCUAAACCCGGAUGUCAUCAGAGAGGCUGCAUUGAACCUACUGAAAUACCCUCCACCAAGAAGACGCCUGUGGGGCACAGACCAGACUGUGCCUACCAUUGGUGUCUCUGCACUGAAUUUAGCCAGUCUGCUGUGUGACGAGGUCAGCCUAGCAGGCUUUGGCUACAACGUCAUCCAGCAGGGGGCGACACUGCACUACUAUGACAACCUGCCCAUCAGCACCAUGCUGCAGCAACCUUCGCACAAUGUGGACAGCGAGACGGAACUCCUACAAACCCUGGUCGAAGAGGGAGCCAUCACUGACCUGACGGGGGGGAUUAAUAACUCCUUCUGCCCCUGCUGACCCCGAAUAUUUGACUAUGAAGAACUUCCCCUUUUUGUUGCUACAAAGUGCUUUUUAAGAACGUACUGUGCGUAAAACCAGCAAUGCAAGAUCAAGACCAAAGGACUUACAAACAUGUGAAAAGUGAGGUAGAAAAGAAUAAACAGGUGAGAGAAACGCUUGCACUUAAGACUGAAACACAUCUCAUCGACAUUACAUAGCAUUUAUCACAAAGUGCUUCUUGAAGAACAAAGGACACAGAAACCUACCAGGCUUUACAAGUCCUUCAAUGGUUGUGUUUUAAAGUUUUUCUUCUGCUUUGAAGCAGCAUUUCCAUUCAUCUGUCCCGUGGUUUCUUUGUUGUUACACUCAAUGAAAAGUUGUCACAUGGAAAAAGUAGAAUUCUAACUCGUAAUGAUUUCAAUCCAUACCAGCAUUGCAGACAUAUCUUUCUCUAGAUUUCAUGUUUAUAUUUUAAAAGCAUCCAUCUCAUUCCACUGUAGAUUAGCAGCAUACCAAUUUUACAAUGAUGCUUUAGUUCUGUCUGUGGUUUUAAUGAGACUUUUUUUUAUGCUUGUACACAUGGGUUUUGAUUUCUUUUCUUUUUUUUUACAACUGCAUCUGCAGUCUUCCAAAAAUGCUGGUCUGUUAAAUACUGUGUGUUAAAAAUGUGUUAUUUAUGCCUCAUUUUGUACAGUUUUCAUUAAUUGUAAUGUAGUUAAUAACAUUUCAACUGCACACACCCUAAAAUGUUUGAGAAAAAUGUAGUCUUGUUGAAGAUAAUCACUGGUCUGUCUGUGUGUGUGAACAACAGAAAGAGAUGAACACCUCUAACUGCACAACUCGUAUGUGUUUAAGAGACAAAGUAAAUACUGCAAUAAAGGCUGACGUUUUAUGAUGCAA